AUGGACCUGUGCAUGAAUCCGUCUGUUAAAAGUAGGACAAGCUGGUCGAAAUCACGUUUAAUUGAAAGUAAUAUUGAUUGUAUGAACGUUCUUAUUUGUCGCUUUCUGCACCCACAAAACUGCAAUCUGUGUUUUAAAUCAUGCCUGUUACGUUUUCCAAAUCUAUGCUUGUGGCCGGGAAUGUAUUGUCUGAAGCGAGAUGUUUCAGCACCAACAGCGCCGUGGACAGCUCCUGAUACAGAUGAUGAAACAGCUUCCGUUCAAAGUCGCUGCAAUCCGGACAACAGAACAAAGAACUACGGGAGGCUGUCUACGGCAAACCUUUCUCGUCCUCCCAGCUGUGAAGUCUUGCUCAGUCUCCUGUUUUUUAAACCCACCAAAGCUUAUUUGAAAACUCUGCGCUCUGGGUUCAGACCAAGAACUGAUUCAAAAAGUGAUCCGCGUGUUCUCGUGCAGUUAAACUUCACAAAAACUAUGCAACAUAAUAUAUUUAUUCCCAGAAUUGGCAAGCGUGGGAAGAGAGCCGUGUUUCCUUUGCCGUUAACCAGAACUAGUAGAUCGGUCAAUCGUCGUCCUCAUUUUCCUCAAUAUAAUUACCAGGUUCAGGUGGCGGAGAACCAGCCUCCGGGGACUCCUGUAAUCUCCAUUACUGCAGUGGACCCGGAUUCUGGAGAGGCUGGCAGGCUAUUUUAUUCCAUGGCUUCACUAAUGGACAGCAGGUCCAUGGAUUAUUUCACAAUUGACGUUCAGAAAGGACUACUUUCCACCAGCAAAGUCCUGGACAGAGAGACCAUGGAUCUACACUAUUUUCGAAUCACUGCUGUCGACCACGGGAUACCUCGCCUGUCUGCCACCACCAUGAUCUCCAUUACAGUGAGUGACACCAAUGACCAUGACCCAGUGUUUGAACAAACCGAAUACAGGGAAACCAUUCGGGAGAAUGUAGAGGAAGGUUAUCCAAUCUUGCAGCUCCGUGCCACAGAUAUAGACUCUCCUUCCAAUGCCAAUAUCAGGUAUCGAUUCAUGAAUCAGCAAGCCUCGCAUGCAGUUUUCGACAUUGAUGCCAGGUCUGGUUUAAUCACUACCCGUGGAUCUGUAGAUAGAGAGACCAUGGAGAAAUAUGCUUUGAUUGUAGAGGCCAACGACCAAGGCAAAGAUCCUGGCCCUAAAAGUGCCACAGUAAAAGUUUACAUAACUGUCUUGGAUGAAAAUGACAAUGUUCCACAGUUCAGUGAGAAGCGGUACAUUGUUCAGGUGAGAGAAGAUAUCAGACCACACACAGAGAUCUUGAGAGUCACUGCCACAGACCUGGACAAGGACAAUAAUGCUUUGGUCCAUUAUAACAUCAUUAGUGGGAAUAGCAGGGGGCAGUUCUCCAUCGAUAGUAUUACUGGUGCGAUUGAGGUGGUGACGCCUUUAGAUUUUGAAGUGGAGCGUGAAUAUGCCUUGCGUGUUCGUGCUCAGGAUGCUGGGCGCCCUCCCCUAUCCAACAAUACAGGAAUGAUCAGUAUUCAGCUGGUGGAUGUUAAUGAUAAUGCCCCAAUCUUUGUGAGUACCCCAUUUCAGGUAUCUGUCCUUGAAAAUGCACCUCUCGGACACUCUGUGAUUCACAUCCAGGCAGUGGAUGCAGAUUACAGUGAAAAUUCCCGCUUGGAGUACAGGCUGGUAGACACAGCCCCAGACACGCCUUUUGUGAUCAACAGUGGAACAGGCUGGAUCACAGUGAGUGCACAACUGGACCGUGAGUCUGUUGAACAUUAUUUCUUUGGGGUAGAAGCUAGGGAUCAUGGAUCUCCACCUCUGUCUGCUUCAGCAAGUGUUACUAUAACAGUAAUGGAUGUCAAUGAUAACCGUCCAGAAUUUACUCAGAAAGAAUAUUUUAUCCGUUUAAAUGAAGAUGCUGCAGUAGGCACCAGUGUACUGACUGUAACUGCAGUGGAUCGAGAUGUAAAUGGGGUGGUCACAUAUCAGAUCACAGGUGGAAAUACAAGAAAUCGCUUCAGUAUCAGCACCCAGGCUGGCAUGGGACUUGUAACACUUGCCUUGCCCUUGGAUUACAAACAGGAGAGGCGCUAUGUACUAACAAUCACAGCUUCUGAUCGCACACUUCAUGAUACAUGUCAUGUACACGUCAAUAUCACAGAUGCCAACACACACAGACCAGUGUUUCAGAGUGCACAUUAUUCAGUAAAUGUCAAUGAAGAUCGUCCAGUAGGGAGUACUGUAGUGGUAAUUAGUGCUACAGAUGAUGAUGUUGGGGAGAAUGCUAGGAUUACUUACUACUUGGAGGAUAACAUUCCUCAGUUUCGAAUUGAUCCCGAUUCAGGUGCUAUAACUUUGCAGACAGAACUUGACUAUGAAGAUCAGAUGACAUAUACUUUAGCUAUCACUGCCAAAGACAAUGGGAUUCCACAGAAGUCUGAUACUACCUAUGUUGAAGUCAUGGUGAAGGAUGUCAAUGACAAUUCACCAGUGUUUAUAAAUCCUCAGUACCAGGGAUCAGUGUCUGAAGAUGCUCCACCCUUUACCAGUGUCCUGCAGAUUUCAGCGACUGACCGUGAUGCCCAUGCUAACGGCAGGGUGCAGUAUACUUUCCAGAAUGGAGAAGAUGGGGAUGGGGACUUCACCAUUGAACCAACAUCAGGGAUUAUCCGAACUGUCCGAAGGCUCGACCGUGAGAGUGUUCCGAUAUAUGACCUCACUGCCUAUGCAGUAGAUAGGGGCAUCCCUGUGCGCAGGACACCAGUUCAUAUUCAUGUCAGUAUUUUGGAUGUCAAUGAUAAUGCACCUGUGUUUCCUGCUGAUGAAUUUGAAGUAUUUGUGAAAGAAAACAGCAUUGUUGGUUCGGUGGUGGGUCAGAUCACUGCAACUGACCCAGAUGAGGGAACAAAUGCUCAAAUUAUGUACCAAAUUGUGGAAGGCAACAUUCCAGAGAUUUUGCAGAUGGAUAUCUUUUCUGGAGAACUCACAGCCCUUACUGAUUUGGACUAUGAAGUAAAAUCCGAGUAUGUAAUUGUUGUGCAAGCAACCUCUGCUCCCCUCGUGAGCCGAGCUACUGUCCACAUUCGUCUGAUUGAUCAGAACGACAAUAGCCCUGUUCUUAAGAAUUUCCAAAUAAUUUUCAACAACUACAUAUCCAAUAAGUCAAACACCUUUCCUUCAGGGGUCAUUGGGAAGAUUCCAGCUUAUGAUCCUGAUGUUUCAGAUAGACUCUUCUACACAUUUGAACGAGGAAAUGAGCUGAGCUUAAUGAUCCUAAACCAAACAAGUGGAGAACUGCGGCUGAGUCGGAAGCUGGACAAUAAUCGGCCACUAGUGGCAUCUAUGUUAGUGACAGUCACAGAUGGGAUUCACAGCGUGACAGCACAGUGUGUGCUGAGAGUAAUUGUCAUUACAGAGGAAAUGUUGAUCAACAGUAUUACAGUGCGCCUAGAAAACAUGUCACAGGAACGCUUUCUGUCUCCAUUAUUGAAUCGCUUUGUGGAAGGUCUGGCAGCGGUCUUGUCUGCCCCCAAGGAGGACAUCUUUGUUUUCAACAUACAAAAUGACACGGAUGUCAGCGGGAGCAUUCUGAAUGUCAGUUUUUCUGCUCUGGUUCCAGGUGGGAGCCAGAGCCAGUUCUUCUCCUCAGAGGAGCUUCAAGAACAGCUAUAUAUGAAUCGGAUGCUGCUGACCUCUGUCUCUAUGCUGGAGGUCCUCCCAUUUGAUGACAAUGUCUGCCUGAGGGAGCCCUGUGAAAACUACAUGAAAUGUAUCUCAGUGCUGAAGUUUGACAGCUCUUCUACAUUCAUCGCAUCAGGCUCCAUGCUUUUCCGGUCCAUCCACCCCAUCACAGGGCUUCGCUGCCGUUGUCCACCAGGAUUUACUGGAGAUUACUGUGAGACAGAGAUCAACCUUUGCUACUCAAAUCCCUGCCAGAAUUCUGGAGUAUGUAGCCGCAGAGAGGGUGGAUACACGUGCAUUUGUCGAGAAGAGUUCACAGGUGAUCACUGCGAAGUGGACAUUCGGUCUGGCCGCUGUUCUCCAGGUGUGUGUAGAAAUGGCGGGUCCUGCAUGAAUCUCCCAGAGGGUGGAUUCAAGUGUAAUUGCCCUUCAGGAGGAUAUGAUAAGCCGUACUGUGAAGUGACUGCACGAUCCUUUCCACCAAAGUCUUUCGUGAUGUUUCAUGGCCUGAGACAAAGAUUUCACCUGACAAUAUCUCUGUCGUUCGCUACACAGGAAAAUAACGGGCUCCUGUUUUACAACGGGCGAUUUAAUGAAAAACAUGAUUUUAUUGCAGUAGAAAUCAUUAAUGGACAGGUUCAGUUGAAGUACUCAACAGGGGAGUCGAUGACGGUUGUAACCCCGUAUCUUCCUGGUGGAGUCAGUGAUGGACAGUGGCACACAUUACAGAUCCAAUACUACAACAAGCCAAAAAUUGGGUCAUUAGGAGUUGCACAAGGUCCCUCAGAGCAGAAGGUAGCAAUUUUAACCAUUGAUGAUUGUGACACCUCAAUUGCUGUUCGUUUUGGGGAUGAGAUCGGUAACUAUUCAUGUGCCGCAGAAGGCGUACAGUCCAGCUCCAAGAAGUCACUGGAUCUUACAGGUCCUUUGCUUCUUGGGGGUGUUCCAAACCUACCAGAGAAUUUCCCAGUCAUUAGCAGGGAGUUUGUGGGCUGUAUGAAAGAACUUCACAUUGAUAAUAAGCGUAUUGAUAUGGCAGCCUACAUUGCCAACAAUGGCACUUUUCCAGGUUGCAAUAAGAAACAGCCGUUCUGCAAUUCAAAUCCAUGCAAGAAUGGAGGCACGUGUGUUGUUAUCUGGGAGACCUUCCUUUGCGAGUGCCCUCUGGGAUUUGGAAGCAAAGACUGUGGGCAAGUGAUGCACCAUCCCUACCAUUUCCUUGGAAAUAGCUUGCUAUCCUGGGAUUUUAAGAAUGAGGUGAAGAUUUCUAUUCCAUGGUUCCUUGGACUUAUGUUUCGAACACGUCACACUGAAGCAAUGCUGAUACAGGCUCACGCUGGACAGUACACCACCAUUGUCUGCCAGUUGAACUCUGGACACCUGUCAUUUGCUAUCAAUCGGGGAUCCAGUCGGACAGUGAGAUUAUUGCUGAAUAAAAUAACAUUGAAUGAUGGAAGGUGGCAUGACCUUCAGCUGGAGCUCCGGGAUGUGAGGAACGGCCACGAUGUACGAUACCUUGCCACCAUCACCAUUGACUUUGGACUUUAUCAGGACACGGUUGUUAUUGGCAAUGAGUUACAUGGGCUGAAGUUGAAACAUCUCCAAGUUGGUGGAAUUCUCAGAGCGGGUGAAGUGCAGAAUGGAUUGGAUGGCUGUAUCCAGGGGGUUCGUCUUGGUGACACCUCUAUUGGAAUUGCAAUGCCAAAGCCAAGUCGCACUUUGAAUGUGGACCUGGGCUGCAGCAUCCCUGAUCCAUGUGACUCCUCUCCAUGUCCAGCUAACAGCUACUGCAGCGAUGAUUGGCAGACAUAUUCUUGUGUCUGUGAGCCAGGUUACUAUGGUGAGUCUUGUGUUGAUGCCUGUCAGCUGAAUCCAUGUGAAAACGAGUCUGUCUGCCGACGUAAGCCUAGCUCCUCGCAUGGGUACACGUGUGAUUGUGGAGAAAAUCAUUUCGGCCAGUACUGUGAACACAGAAUUGACCAGCAGUGUCCCAAAGGAUGGUGGAAUCCAACAUGUGGGCCUUGCAACUGUGACAUCAGUAAAGGUUUUGAUCCUGACUGCAACAAGACAAAUGCCCAAUGCCACUGUAAGGAGUUUCACUAUCGUCCUGUUGGAAGCGAUGCAUGCCUACUUGUGACUGCUAUCCCAUUGGCUCGUUUUUCCAGGUCAUGUGAUCAAGAAACCGGCCAAUGCCACUGUAGACCAGGAGUGAUUGGACGUCAGUGCAACCAGUGUGAUAAUCCCUUUGCAGAGGUCACGCACAGCGGAUGUGAAGUGAUAUAUGAUGGAUGCCCCAAAUCACUCAAGGCUGGUGUUUGGUGGCCACGAACUAAAUUUGGUCUUCAAGCAGGUGUAAUGUGUCCAAAAGGGUCCCUUGAGAUACGGGCUGCUGGUACUGCAAUUCGACACUGCGGGGAGGAACAAGGCUGGUUAGAGCCAGAUCUAUUCAACUGUACAUCUCCACCCUUCACACAACUGGCAGAGAACCUUGCAAGUCUGGAAAGGAAUGAAACUGAACUUAAUACUAUAGAGGCAAAGAAACUGGCUCGACACAUAAGGACAGUCACUGAGGAGAUAAACCAUUACUUUGGAAACGACAUCUACAUUACUUACCGACUUCUCUUGAAGAUGUUGGGAUUUGAAUGCACUCAACGUGGGUUUAAUCUUACAGCCACACAGGAUAUACACUUUACAGAGAAUCUCUUAAGAGCAGGAAGUGCUGCUCUGGAUUUAGAAAAUGGGGAACACUGGAAUACACUUCAGCAGACAGAACAAGGGAUUGCUCACCUGAUGCGGCAACUCGAGAUAUAUGCGAGGACUCUGGCCCAAAACAUGAAGCUUACCUACCUGAACCCAGUUGCCAUUGUAACCCCCAAUAUUAUCUUAACAAUUGAUCAUGUGGAGAAUGGCAUUAAAACAAGAAAGCAAUUUCCUCGAUAUCACAGCGGACUCUUCCGUGGCCAGUCUACAUGGGAUGCACAGACACAUGUUGUACUGCCAACAUCAGUUUUAUUUCCAUCCAAGGUUAAAGUUGAACCUACCUCCAAUACAGAGAUCCAAGUGCGGAAUGAAACUAGUAAAGUCUUGCACCAACGGAUUUUGCCAGAGCCUGAGCCCACAAUGACUAUUCUAAUCCUCCUCAUUUAUAGGACAUUAGGUAGCUUACUACCUGCACGGUACAACACAGAUCGCCGUAACUUAAGACUACCAAAACAUCCUGUGAUGAACUCUCCAAUUGUAACUAUCUCUAUUUUCCACAACAACACAUUUGUCCAUGGACCAUUAAACUCACCAUUGACUUUGGAGUUUCGUCUGCUAGAGACUGCCAAUCGCAGCAAGCCUGUAUGUGUGCAAUGGAAUCAUUCCAGUCUGUCUGAACCAACUGGCACCUGGACAGCAAAGGACUGUGAUCUGGUUGACCGAAACACCACACAUGUCCGAUGUCAGUGUUCACAGCUUGGGAUCUUCGGGGUUCUAAUGGACAGCUCACACCGUGAGCAACUGGAAGGAGACCUAGAAACUUUGGCAAUCGUCACUUACUCCAGUAUUAGUGUGUCUCUUGUGGCACUGCUUCUCACUUUCUUCAUCCUGUCUUGUCUAAAUGGACUGAAAUCCAAUAUUCGUGGCAUCCACUGCAAUAUUGUGGCAGCUGUUUUCUCUGCCGAACUGGUCUUCCUGUUGGGAAUUAAUCAGACAGAAAAUCAGUUCUUGUGCACAGUGAUUGCCAUCUUGCUGCAUUUUUUUAUGGCAACUUUCGCCUGGAUCUUCGUGGAAUGGCUUCACAUCUACCGGAUGCAGACUGAAGUUCGGAACAUAAACUAUGGUGCCAUGAGGUUCUAUUAUGCCAUUGGCUGGGGAGUGCCUGCCAUCAUUACAGGUCUUGCAGUUGGUCUGGACCCAGAUGGCUAUGGGAAUCCUGAUUUCUGCUGGAUCUCUGUACAUGAUAAGCUGAUCUGGAGCUUUGCUGGACCAAUUGCAGUUGUUAUUGUGAUGAACAUUGUGAUAUCCUUGUUGGUAGCAAGAAUUUCCUGUGCCCCAACGCAGAAGGAAGCCAAGAAAAAAUCAAUACUUACCACAGUACGAAGCGCCUUCAUUCUGCUGCUAAUCGUUAGUGCCACAUGGCUUUUUGGGCUGAUGGCUGUCAACAACAGCAUCCUUGCUUUUCACUACCUCUACACUGUCCUCUGCUGUUUUCAGGGACUGGCUGUCCUGGUGUUGUUCUGUAUCUUAAACGAAGAAGUGCAGGAAGCCUGGAAAUCAGCUUGCCUUGGGAAGAAAAACCAGGGUGAUGACACAACACGAGCACCUCAACUCUCGAGCUCCCACCCAUACAAUAACACAUCGCUGUUUGAGGAGAGUGGUCUGCAUCGGAUAACACUUGGGACAUCAACGAUAUCUUCAGUGAGCACUGCCCGAUCAGCACGAACCCACUCCAGCCAACCUGGGUAUCUCAGAGAAAAUUUGCUGGCACGACAGGGCUCAGCCUUGGAUCAAACCUUGUUGGGUCAUACUGGGCCCACUGAUAUAGAUGUUGCAAUGUUCCAUCGGCCACAAGAUGCGGGUGGAGGAGACCACGAUUCUGAAACUGACAGUGACCUGUCGCUGGAUGAGGAGCGUAGCCUAUCUUUAGCAUCGUCAGAGAGUGAGGAGAAUGAACGAUAUCGCGGGCGGUUUCCACGGCGAUUUAAGCGGGCAGCAAAUAGCGAACGAUUACUCACUGACCCCCUGCACACAACCCCUAAAGAUUGUGAUGGCAAUGAUUUAAUAUCCUAUUGGCCAGCACUGGGCGAGUGUGAAGUUCAUGCCUGCUCACUGCAGAAGUGGGGCUCAGAAAGAAAGCUGGGCCUAGAUUUCAAUAAGGAUGCCACUAACAACAACCAACCUGACAUGUCCAUUGUGAGCAGUGAUGAGAAUACACCAACCCAUCUAUUCAAACAAGAGCAGCAGAGGAAAGGUAUUUUGAAAAACAGAAUGCAAUAUCCAUCUGCAACACUGAAGGAUGAAAGCUUGACUUCCAUCAACAGAAUGCAAGUUGAGUUGCCUUGGUACAAUACUUCAACACUAGGUCCCAGGGUCGUUCCAGCAGCUUCCUAUGGCCGAAUGUACUCAGGUGCUGGAAGUCUGUCUCAACCGGCCAGCCGAUAUUCAUCCCGUGAACAACUGGACAUUUUAGUUAGGAGGCAGUUGUCUAAGGAGCAGUUGGACGUACUCUCCAGCAGGCAUGCAUCUCGAGAACGACUGGAAACUGUUCCCAGCAGGCAUGGGUCCAGAGAACAGCUAGAUACAAUCCCAAGCAGGCAUGCUUCUAGAGAACAUCAGAACACAGUACCCAGUCGACAUGGGUCCAGAGAACAGCUAGACACAAUACCAAGAAGGCAUGGUUCUAGACAGGAAUUGGAUGCAUUACCUGUAAGACAAAUGUCUAGAGAAUGGUUAAACACAGGACCCAACAGACAGAUUUCUGGAGAGCAGGUGGGCAUAGUUCCGAGUCGACAUGCAUCCAGGGAGCAUUUGGAGGCACUGUCAAACAGGCAACCCUCCAGAGAGCAUCUAGAUACACUGCCUAGAAGACAGCCAUCUAGGGACCAACUAGGUCUAAUGUCAAGUCGGCAGUCUUCUCGAGAGCAGCUCGACUCAUUGUCUCGCAGAUACUUAUCUAGAGAGAAUUUAGACACAGUGCCUAGCAGGCAUCCCUCCAGGGAACAAUUAAACACUCUUCCCAGAAGACAACCUUCCCGAGAGCAAUUAGGGCCCUUGCCCAGCCGACAUCCUUCUACAGAGCAGUUGGACAUCCUUUCCUCCAUCCUUGCUUCUUUCAAUUCUUCAGCCCUUUCUUCUGCUCCCUCCACCACCACCCCUUCUGCCCCACAGACGACUUGUACCCCUUCUGGGGCACACACAUCUUCAAUGACUUCUGCCCCUUGCCCUUCAACUCCUCAUUCUGCAACAUCCCACAGCAUCUCAGAGAUCUCUCCAGAUUCAGAAGUGGCAAGAGUUGACACACAAUCUUGAGGCAAUGUACCUUUGCUGUUUGAGUUUUGUCACUAUGGAUACCCAAAGGUGCAAGUGGUUGGAAGACCGCGAAAUGGAAAUAAAUCACUCAAUCUAACGUCGUGAGGAAAAAUCGAGCGAUGAGAAAGACAAACGAGCGGGCCACAGCUUGCACAAACAUCGGGUCAAGGGUUCAACAGAAGGUCACAAGCACUACAAAUAAUGGAAACUACAAUAUUCUCAAAAUAAUUCCUUUCAGAGGAUGGAAUCUCAAUCUGAGCACUGUCAUGAGUGCCAAAAAAGCAAGGAGAAUUGAACAUUCCAGACCAGGAGAAUAUUUAAAGUUAAUUCCCACUAGGGCACGAUGAUCUCCUCCAUAAUCAGCAACUUCCAUUUUGGUCUGUGGAGUUUAAAGAACAGGGUAGACAGGUUAGAAAAGGAAGAAAACUGUUACUGUCCUUUAGUGUUCAAGCUCAAGACCUCCAAAUGUCUUGCGUUUCUUCAAAUCCUCAGUAAUCAUUAUGCUGGAUUAAUUACUGACACACAUUAUCAAACUGAAGUGGCAAAUUUUAAUCUAUUCAGUGUUUUGGGGACUGGUUGAGAGUUAGCUUUACUGCAGUUACCACUGAUAUAAUAAGCGACAAAAACAGUUUUGAUCGUCCAGUGCAGCCAGAUGAGAAACUGAUUUGAUGAAUCCAGCAAUAGAGCAUCUCCUUGUUCAGAAGGGUAGUGAUGUAAAGGAUGGAUUUGGAGUUGUCCAGUUUAGGUCCAUUGUCAAUAUGUAACUGAAUACCCUGAUAUUGUCAUUGAGUUCACCUCUUCCCCCACCCCUAUUUUGUCAACCAUAAGGUCUCCAUGAAGAAAAUGUAUAACAUUACCGAUAAUCAAACAUUUUCUAAGAAAAACUAUUUUCAUAGCAAAUUUCUAAUCAUGGUAUUUUGACAAUUCUGCAGUAUUAUGGCAUACAGAUCUUCAUGGCAUGCUCCAGUAUGACAGGUAAAAAUGGUCUUUAAAUUUAUUAAUGAAAUAAAUCUGUUCAUCAAGUAGAAGAGCUUCACAGCAAAGACCAUCCCCACUAAUGUCAGGAGACUGUAAAAAUCCUUGAGGGUUUUUUUUUGCCUCCAAAUACUCAGUGCAUAGAGACUAUAUUCAUUCAUGUAAGAUACUUCUGUGGUUUGUGAAUGUCACAGUGCAAACUCCAUCCAUAGCUGCAGUUAAGAAAGUAAAUUGAUGUGUGUCAUAAUAAAGGAAGACGUGUAGUGCUGGGAAACUGAGAUAUCAUGCAUAAAGUCUGCACAAAUAAUGCUGCAGUUCAACUCAGAUGAUAAACCUAGCAUACUUAUCCUUUUGCACUGUGUUGGGGCUAUCUUAAUUUUCAGUAUCAUCUGGAACAUUUAUCUGAAUAUGUUAAUUUUUUAUUACAGUCUUUUAAGCAGUUUUCCCAGCUCCUUCAGUUGUUGUCUUCUAAACAUCUGAUUUGUGCUAACUUGAUAUUGUAUCUAUGGUAAACACCAUUUUCCUCAAGACUAUUGGUGCCACAAUGUGUUCUGUAAGUUAGCAAUGAAUUAUAUUUUAGUUACUUACCAUCAAGGACAAAUAUGCAAAAUAGAGAUUGCACUGUAAGUGGGAUCAGUCCACAAAAAGAAUCGAAUGAUGGCCAAGAUUAUGGAUUUCCAGUGCGUUUUUGGACUGCUGGUUCUCAGUUAAACUUGUAUGGAAACUUCCCAAAUUAACAAGACCGUCCCUUAAGUUUAUCCAAAGUUAAAUACUUCCUACAUUAACUUUAGCCUAUUGUGCUUUGGUUAAUCCUUCCAUGAUGUUAACCUUUCAGCAGACUGACAUCGUUGAGGAGCUGUUGGUAAGAUUUAUGCAAAUGAAAAAGAAGCAGGCUGUGAACUCAUAAAAGUAUGGAGCUGCUGUGUUUAAAGCAUUAAGUGUGCCAAAGUAGAUUACCAAGUCAAAACGAAUUAUAUUGCACAAUGAUUAUAAAUUCCUCUAUGCAUUGCUUUUCUGCUGUGGAUAAAGCCAUGUAGCUACUUACAUGAAGUAAAUGAGGAAUUACGCUUCGUGUGUUGUUAAAUUAAAUUCAUAGUCAUAAUUAUUUUAAAAAAACAUUCACAGCCAGGUGUAAUUGGUUUUAUGAUUAUGUUUCCUCAUUUUGAUAGUGAUACUAACCCUUCAAAAUGCAACAGAAUGCGAUUAUUGAACAACAUGAUCGUCACAAUCUGUUUGGUUCAAACCACGGAAACUGUGUUGUGUCAUGAAAGGGGAGAUAAAUAUAGGUUUAAAUAUUGCACAGCAGCUACUGCAAGAGUAAUCUUGGGAAAGCUGAUCUCAGCAAUUUCUUCAAGAAUUAGUUAUAUAUUUAACAUGACUCAACACCCAAAAUGAACCAUCCUUGGUCAAUAGCAGAAGAAUCAUUACUAGCCCUAUAAAUAUCAAUGCUCUUUCAUUCUAAUAAUUACACCAGUUGUCAUAUUUAAAGGAUGUGUUAGAAUGGAGGUUGGCUUCACAUGCUAAAUAGUAUGUGUGAAUGAAUCCAUAUAACUUGCAGACAAAAAGGUCACCAUCUAGCCCAUACGUGGCUGUAGUAGAGCUCCUGUUGUUGAUUUUUGGCUGCCUGGAAAUCGUUCGUUUUGAAAACGUAGUUUUGUAAUAAACUGGGUAACUCCGCUCGUCGCUAUCUGUCCACUGUUUCCUGCAAAGAAGGAACCAGUAAAAAUAGAACAGUUUCUGAGAAUACUGAUGCUUUAGCUAUUUUCUUUCUUUGAGAACGCCAUUGGCCGGUGAGUGAUGGUUUUCUUCCUUGCUUUAAAAAUAAAUAAAUGUAAGCUUCCCUUCAAGCAUA